AUGGCUCCGUGCUGCUGCUGCUCCUGCUGCUGGUGGCCUCCUUGGCCUUUACCAGGACUCCUACCAGAGAAACCCCCAAAGACACAUGUGACCCACCACCCCAGUCCUGAAGGUGAUGUCACCCUGAGGUGCUGGGCCCUGGGCUUCUACACUGCUGACAUCACUCUGACCUGGAAGAGGGAUGGGGAGAACCUGACCCAGGACAUGGAGCUUGUGGAGACCAGGCCUGCAGGGGAUGGAACCUUCCAGAAGUGGGCAGCUGUGGUGGUGCCUUCUGGAGAGGAGGAGAAUUACACAUGCCUUGUGGAGCAUGAGGGGCUGCCUGAGCCCCUCACCCUGAGAUGGGGCUCCUCCAUCCACCAACUCCAACAUGGGAAUCAUUGCUGUCCUGGUUGUCCUUGGAGCUGUGGCCAUCAUAGGAGCUGUGGUGGCUGUUGUGAGGAAGAGGAGGAGAAACACAGGUGGAAAAGGAGGGGACUAUGCUCCAGCUCAAAGCAGCAACAGUGUCCACAGCUGGGACUCCUCUCAGGAGACUUGAAAAGGUGA